CGUGUUUCCGCUCUGCUGUCCUCACGCUGUCCUCCAGGGGGCGGGGCCUCUUCUCUAGACCAGCCCCCCGGGACCCCGAGGACUCCAGACCGGCCUCAGCGCUCCAGAGGAUGACGAACGGCCUGGAGGAGCAGGAGGAGCAGCAGGAGGAGCAGGAGGGAGACCUGGACGACGAGGUGGACGCGUCUCACCUGAGGUUCAUGAGGGACCGGAGGAGAGCCCGGUCCCUGCCCGCGCUCCUGGUCCCCGGCAGCGGCGGGAGGAAGCGCGUGAAGUUCGCCGACUCCAUGGGGCUGGACCUGGCCAGCGUCAAGCACUUCAGCUCCCUGGAGGACCCGCAGAUCCCGAGCACCGUCCUGACCCGGCACCAGAGCUUCCUGCCGCGGCAGCAGGACCUCCUGAGCUUCAGGCCCAGCGCGCACGCGGACCGGCUGGUGGCCUGCUUCGCGGAGCCGCGCGACGCGGCGCUGUGCGUCGCGCGGCUCCGCGUCUGCCUGGAGAAGGUCUCCAUCAGCCAGUUCGACGUGCGGGGCCACAUCCGGGUCCUGACCCGCUGCGUCCAGAAGGAGGUCGGGUUGAGGUACACCUUCAACGACUGGCUCUCCUACGUGGACGCGCAGGUCGUGCCCGCGACCGCGCCGGGCGCCGCGGGGGAGCGCUUCAGCUUCACCGUGUACACGCCGCCCGUCACGGUGCCGCGCGCCGCCGCCGCCGCCGUGCACUUCGCCGUGUACGUGCGCAGCGAGGAGGGCGAGUUCUGGGACAACUGCGAGGGGAGGAACUACACGCUGCGGUACCGGACCCCGAGACCGGCACCGGACCUCUAGACCUGUACCCAGACCCUCGAGACCGGCACCGGACCCUAGACCUGUACCCAGACCCUAGACCUGCUGUCUCCUCGUUUCCUGCUGAAUAAACCAGAUUGUGGUCUCAUGACGUCAGGGACUAGUUCUAGUCCCGGUCUCGGGACCUGAGAGGAACACGUGGCUCGGUGUCAACAACCUGCGGGACGCGUCAGGCCUCGUGACGUCACCGCGGUCUCAGGAUGUGGAACAUUUUCAAAAUAAAAGCCCAUAUUUGUUUGUUUUGCUGAAUCCCGACGUGUUCAGAUGAAGUUACACAAUAAAGUUAAGCUUUAACUUCU